UGUCUUGAGACUGUUAUAGUGCUACUAAUGAUAUGACAGCAUCAGUAUGCAUGAUUAGACUAAACUCACAAAUGAAACAUUGAGCAUAAAAUGUCAAUUCUUUAGGUAUUGCAGUAAGAAAUUCACUGUUAGAGGGAAAAAACGUUGCACCAUCUCUACUUUGUGCAUUUGAUUGUCAGUCAGGACUGGCCCCGGCAUUUUUAGUUUUCCAAAAGUCUAGCUGUCAAACUGCAGAUGUAUAGCUGACAAUACCGGCGAAAGCUGAGACCUUUCCCCGGUAAGACGGAAACGAGAGGAAAUCCAGUAUUCAUCGAGAAGGAAAGUCCAACCUGGAACAAGCCAGUUUUCAGCGGCGGCCCAGAGAGAAACACUUCUGCUGAGACUUCAUCCAUAUGGUGCGGUUUAUAUUGCAAAUCCUCUCCAAAUGCACUGAAAUGUAUCAGAGAUUGCAUCACUAAGAAGGCUGUGAUAAUAGGCAAUUCCAUGGAAAACAAACCUAAAUCCUUCAGUAGGUUUUACACCUCCUGUCACUUCCGGAUCCAAGUGAAAAAGUUAACAGGAACAAGAAACCAUCUCAUUUGCCAGUGAUAACGGAUAAACUGUAGCAGACAAGAAGGAUACAUUAUUAUAAAAAUUAGUGUGAAAAUUCCUCAAACUGGUCUUCAACAAAUGCCUGUGCAUAUCACUUUUGUUGCGACUAUUAACAUAACUGUGACAUCUUGCUACACCAGGGCCAACCGUGGAAUCACUGAUGAAACUCCCUGCAGAAGUCUCAAGUAUGGUAGAUCCACUGUGGAGUCACUGCUGAAACUCCCUGCAGAAGUCCCAGCACAGUUAAUCAAAGAAUGGAAUGCCUACCUGAUCCCACUUCUUUAGCUAGAAAAUUAGGAAAUACUUUGAUUGAGUACCAUAACACUGAAGAGUCUGAAUGGCGUGUUGCCAAAGAAACGAAAGAGGUAACUGUAUGGAGGAAGCCUUCCAAAGAAUUCAGUGGAUUUCUUUACAAAGCUGAAGGCAUUGUAAAGGAAGAACCAAACAGAAUAGUAGAUUAUAUUCGCCCUGGACCUUUUCGAUUACAUUGGGACAGCCUGAUGACAACUAUGAGCAUCGUUGAACAGUUUGAGGAGGGUUGUUGUGUGAUGCGAUAUACAACAGCUGGUCAGCUCUGGAACAUUAUAUCUCCAAGAGAAUUUAUUGAUUUUUCUUAUACUAGACAGUAUGAAGAUGGGCUUUUAUCUUGUGGUGUCAGCCUUGACUAUGGGGAUACUCGUCCAGAUUUUGUUCGUGGAUUUAAUCACCCUUGUGGAUGGUUCUGUGUUCCUACAAAGGAUGACCCUAGCCAGAGUCUUUUGACAGGUUACAUUCAGACUGACCUUCGUGGCAUGUUGCCUCAUGCUGCCGUGAAUACUGCCAUGGCUGGCUCAUUAGUAAAUUUCUACAGUGAUCUCAAAAAGGCGUUGAAUUCCUAGAGUACCUCAUAGGAUUAAAGAGCAGUAGCAGUUACUGUGGGACUAGGAGCUGAUUCAACACUUUAGAUGUGAAAAGAUGUAUGCUGUAUUUAUUCAACACCUUUCUCGUGAACAAAUGUUUGCUGUUUGUAGAGGCUGAUUAUACAUCAUGUCCAUGUUUCACAUGAAGACUGAUUACUUUUGGGGCUGGUUCCCCAAACUGACCUUGCUACAGCGGUAGUCUUGUAUUUUGAGUUGAAGUUCUGUGCUCACAAUGAUAUAGAGAUUUUUCUAUGGAAAAAAAGACUUCACUAAGAUACUGAAUGCAUUUGUGUUAUGUACUGCCUUUAGAAAAGUUACAGUUAACUGCAAAAAGAUCUGUUCAGCAUAAGGUGAGGGCAUUCAGACUUAGCUGUUAUUAAUGUGUCAGUGACAAGUUCAUGACAGAGAAUACAAUAAAUGAAAACAAAAUCCAUUUCCAGAUGAAAACAAUAGCUAUGAUUGUUUAUUGACACAGUAUCAGUGGCAUGAACCACAACUGAAUCUAUUUUUUUGUUGUUUUUUCAUGAACUAUUAUCUUAAUUCAUUGUAAUAAUAUGCAUGUUACACUGCUGUUGCUUAUCCUUAUAUUAAGGCUUAUAAGAGAUACUAUAAAAAAAAAAAAAGCACAGCUGACCUUCUGUAAAUAGUGAAGCUACACUAUGAAGGUGAAAUUCUGAACAGAGAUCCUUAAAACCACAUAUACAAAACUGACAAAGCAGAAUGCAUCUAAAACUUAGUGAAAUAGUAGUAAGAGUUUGUAACAUAAUAAACAUUGAAUGACAACACUGAAUACAUAAUUUUUAGCUUAAAUGUAGAUCGGUAACAUUUGUAAGUUGGUACAAAUACGUUCAUCUCAUUUUUAUACAGAUUAUGUGGAUAUUUGGGAUUACACACAUUGAUGGAAGAGGCACAGCAAAAUAAUGGGCAUAGUUUCUCCAAACUAAAGGGGUGGCGUAAGCCACAAAAC